AUGUCGCAUAACAAGAGACGUGUCUAUCCCCAAGCCCAAUACCAACAACAGGCAGUUCCCGAGCCUCAACAACUCCAACAACAAAGUAUCCCUUAUGGUGGUGCUAUGGGUCAGCUAAUGUCACCAAAAGUUAGCUCACCAAUGGGUAGUAUCUCGGGUCAAGCAGGGGGGCCAAUGACUCCUAACAUGAACAUGCCUGUUGGCCAACAACGUGUUUUCACACCGGCUCAACAGCAGCUGGCCCAGCAAAUCGAUCAAGCUGCACAUGCUACUUCCCAAAUGCAUAUAUCAGAUCCAAUGCUUUCUCAACAGCAAGGUCUACCAAUGGGUCAACCUGGUCAAGCAAGCCCAAUGGGUAUGCCAAUGCAACCACAACAGUCAGGUAUGCCAAUGCAUAUGCCAAUGUCAGCUGCUCAACAGCAUAUGCCAGGUGGCAAACAGUUAAAUCAAUUAUAUCCAAUUGAUUUAUUAACUGAAAUCCCACCUCCUAUUAGAGACUUAUCAUUGCCUCCACCACCUUUGAUCAUACCUCCAGAAAAAAUUGUUGUUCCAUCUGAUUCAGCCAAUGCUAAUGCAGAAUAUGUCCGUUGUACUUUAAAUGCCGUUCCUCGUACUCAUUCUUUACUAAAAAAAACCAAAUUACCUUUAGCCUUGGUUAUUAGGCCUUACCAAACUAUCAACGAUGACGACUCGCAGCCACCUUUAAAUGAAGAUGGUUUGAUUGUUCGUUGUAGAAGAUGUAGAUCCUAUUUGAAUCCAUUUGUGACAAUUAUUGAUCAUGGUAGAAAAUGGAGAUGUAAUUUCUGUAGACUGACUAAUGACUUCCCACAACAUUUCGAUCAUGCAAUGGAUGGGACUCAAUUAGACAGAUUUCAAAAGAAUGAAUUACGCUAUGGUGUAAUGGAAUAUAUUGCACCAAAGGAAUAUACUGUAAGACAGCCACCUCCAUCUACUUAUUGUUUUAUAAUCGAUGUUUCUCAAAACGCAAUUAAGAACGGGUUUGUUGCUACUGCUACAAGAACCUUAUUAGAAUCUUUGGAUUCUAUUCCAAACAGAGAUCAAAGAACAAGAAUUUCUAUUCUUUGUGUUGAUAAUUCUAUCCAUUAUUUCUCAAUUCCAGAAGAUUCUGAAUCCAUUGAUUUAAAUGAAAACGAAAAUGGCAAUGAGGAAAAUGGUGACUCUGUUCCUAAAAGAACGCCAUUGAAUAUUUCUAUGAUGGACGUUGGUGACUUAGAUGAACCAUUUUUACCUAAACCAAGAUCAAUGGUUGUUAAUUUAAAAGACUGUAGAAAAAACAUUGAAAAAUUAUUAAUUGAAAUUCCAAAUAUUUUCCAAAAUAGUAUCAUGAAUAGUUUUGCCUUAGGGCCAUCAUUAAAAUCUGCCUUUAAUUUAAUUAAAAAUAUCGGUGGUAAAAUUAUUGUACUAUCUUCAACUCUACCAAAUAAGGGUAUUGGUAAAUUACAAAGAAGAAAUGAAUCUGGUGUUGCCAAUACUCCAAAGGAAACUCCUCAGUUAUUAUCCUGUCAAGAUGCCUUCUAUAAAACUUUCACCAUUGAAUGUAGUAAAGCUCAAAUCACUGUUGAUACUUUCUUAGCGUCGGAAGAAUAUAUGGACGUUGCAACUUUGAGUAACUUAGGUCGUUUCACUGGUGGUCAAACUCAUUUUUACCCAGGUUUCAAUGCUUCUAGCAUUAAUGAUGUUAUUAAAUUCACUAAAGAAUUUUCUAAGUAUCUAUCGAUGGAUAUGUCGAUGGAAACUGUUAUGAGAGCUAGAGGUAGUACUGGUAUCAGAAUGAACUCGUUCUAUGGUCAUUUCUUCAACAGAUCUUCUGAUUUAUGUGCAUUUUCUACUAUGCCAAGAGAUCAAUCUUACGUUUUCGAAUUACAACUGGAUGAAAAAAUUAUGACAGAAAAUGCACAUGUUCAAAUUGCUGUUUUAUUAUCCUUAAAUACAGGGCAACGUAGAAUUAGAGUUAUAACAGUCGCCCUUCCAGUUACUGAUUCAGUCCAUUCUGUUUUCGCUUCUGCUGAUCAAUUAGCCAUGACUGAUUAUUAUGCUCAAAAAGCUAUUCAAAAAGCUUUUGACUCAAGUUUACAGGAUGCUAGAAAUUUCAUCAAUAAUUCUGUACAAGAUAUAUUGACAGUGUAUAAAAGGGAUGCAGUUGUUUCAAAUACUGCUGGUGGAGCUCCAUUAAGACUAUGCUCAAACCUAAGAAUGUUUCCACUAUUAAUGCAUUCGUUGACAAAGAAUAUGGCAUUUAGAAACGCCAUUGUCCCAAGUGAUCAUAGAGCUAUCGCAUUGAACAACUUAGAGUCUUGGCCAUUGCAAUUUUUCAUCAAGAAUAUUUAUCCAAAUGUUUAUUCUCUACAUGAUAUGCCUGAUGACAUCGGUUUGGUAGAUCCAACUACAGGUGAAAUUAAAUUGCCACAGCCAAUGAAUGCCACAGCAACUUUGUUUGAAAGAUAUGGUUUAUAUUUAAUUGAUAAUGGUAAUGAAUUAUUCUUAUGGGUUGGUGGUGAUGCCGUACAUGAAUUGAUUAUGGAUGUAUUUGGUAAUCAAGAUAUUUACCAAAUUCCGAUUGGUAAAGAAGAAUUACCAAUUUUGGAAAAUUCUGAGUUUAAUGAAAGAUUGAGAAACAUCAUUUCGAAGGUUAGAGAAAAUAAUCAUGUGAUUACAUAUCAAUCAUUAUAUAUUGUUAGAGGUUCCUCAAUUAAUGAGCCAAUUUCUCAUGCUCAAGCUAGGGACUUAUCAAGUUUAAGAUUAUGGGUAGCAAGUUACUUAGUGGAAGACAAGAAUAUGAAUACAGAAGGUUACAGGGAAUUUUUAUCGGGUAUGAAAAACAGAAUUAGUAAAUAA